GGGCAUUCGCUAAAUUAAUGAAAAAGAAGAUACAUAUAUAUAUAUGUAUUUUAAAUAUGCAAACAGUACCUCAUAUCAUAAAAGACAAAUUAUUUGCAAGAUGUAUAUUUUGUUUCUAUUAUUAAAAUUACUCACAUUUGUACAUCUCUGUAUAAGAAAUGUUUCCACAAAGUUAGUAUUUGAAAUAAACUGAAUAUACAUAUUUAUAACAAUAAAAAUAACAUAUUUUUCUACUAUAUAAGCAUUAUCAUUAUUUAAGCUAUCAUUUUGUAUAUUCUAUCAAUUCGUUUGUAUUUAAUGGACUUAUAAGUUGGUUUUCGCUUUCAUUGAUAAGUAUAAGUAAGGAUUUGCUUGUUCAUAAAUAUAAAUGGAUUAUGGACUAUUACAAUCCAAAUUGUAUUUGGUUAAGAAGUAUUUAAUAUUGCCAAAAAGACAAGAUAAUACCUUUUAUGCUAUACUUUAUAUAUAAACUCUAUGAAAGUUUAGAAAUAAUCUCUUCGUUAGUAUACAUAUGUUAAAAACUAAUUAAACAUUCUCAUUAAAAAUAUUCAUUUCGGCAGUUUUGUUAAGUAAUAGCAUUAGUAUUGUCAUAUAGAUUUUAGAAAUUCUUAAGAAACUAAAGAAGUUAAACUCUUUUUUGGCUAACAAUUUCUAUUCUGUAAAUAUAACAAAUGUAGAAAAUAAAAAACUGGCAUUUAGAUUGAAUAGAGGGAUUAGAUAUCAAUGGGGGGGGGGAUAUUUGUUGGAAAUUAUAAAAAUGUUAGAACCAAAAAUUGCUUUAUAUUAGCUUAAAUUGUAUUAGCUCACAUUACGUUAGCUGAAAUGUACACUAGUUCAUUGACGUGCAAGAAACUGUUUAAUAUACAGGCAUGAAUGCAUAGAGGUAGUAAAAGAGGGGGCAUUAAUAUAAAGCAGCUCCAUUCUUCAGCAGAAACAAUAUUAGAAGAGUCAAUGCACUGUCGAGGUAGUGCAAAAUCUAGUCAAACAAAUAAGCUAUUUGCUGUCUUUGGCAACCAAGAUUAAUAUUUCCUUUUAUACCUACAAAAAUCAGAAGGGCGACAUAAAUACUUCUAGUUUAAAAUGUGUGACGACGAUGUAGCAGCCUUAGUAGUAGAUAAUGGAUCAGGGAUGUGCAAAGCAGGAUUUGCAGGAGAUGAUGCUCCACGUGCUGUAUUCCCUUCCAUUGUUGGAAGACCUAGAUAUCAGGGAAUCAUGGUUGGUAUGGGACAGAAGGACAGUUAUGUGGGAGAUGAAGCACAAAGUAAAAGGGGUGUUUUAACUGUUAAAUAUCCAAUCGAGCACGGCAUUGUAACAAACUGGGACGAUAUGGAAAAAAUAUGGCAUCAUACAUUCUAUAACGAACUAAGAAUCGCUCCGGAAGAACAUCCUGUUCUUUUGACCGAAGCUCCUUUGAAUCCUAAAGCUAACCGAGAAAAGAUGACACAAAUUAUGUUUGAAACUUUUAAUUCUCCAGCAAUGUAUGUCGCUAUACAAGCUGUUUUAUCGCUUUACGCUUCAGGGCGCACUACAGGCAUUGUUCUAGAUAGCGGAGAUGGAGUUUCACACACAGUACCGAUUUACGAGGGAUAUGCGUUACCGCAUGCAAUUUUGCGUAUGGACUUGGCCGGCCGCGAUUUAACAGAUUACCUCAUGAAGAUUCUAACGGAAAGAGGAUAUUCUUUUACUACGACCGCGGAGCGUGAAAUUGUUCGAGAUAUUAAAGAAAAAUUGUGUUACGUUGCUUUGGACUUUCAACAGGAGAUGGCUACGGCCGCUGGCUCAAGUGCCCUCGAAAAAAGCUAUGAAUUACCAGAUGGUCAGGUAAUUACUAUUGGAAAUGAACGUUUCCGGUGUCCAGAAGCAAUGUUUCAGCCAAGCUUCCUCGGCAUGGAAUCAUGUGGAAUACAUGAAACCACCUACAAUUCAAUCAUGAAAUGUGACGUCGAUAUUCGUAAGGAUUUAUACGCCAAUUCGGUCUUAUCGGGCGGAACCACUAUGUAUCCAGGUAUUGCGGACAGGAUGCAAAAGGAAAUAACGGCACUGGCUCCGUCUACAAUGAAGAUCAAGAUAAUCGCGCCUCCAGAAAGGAAAUACUCGGUCUGGAUCGGUGGCUCGAUCUUGGCCAGUUUAAGCACCUUCCAACAAAUGUGGAUUUCUAAGCAAGAAUACGACGAAUCGGGCCCGUCUAUCGUACACAGAAAGUGUUUCUAAUUCCCCUUUAAAAAACUUACUCUGUAUGCAAAAUUUUACAUCACAACGCGUCACCUAAUAUUUAUUUGAAAACUUCGAUUUAUUUAUAGGAUAAUUAAUUUCUAACAUUUAUCAGAAUGUUUUUGUAAGAAAUAAUUUUAUUUAUUUGACAUUUCUUAUUUCUAAAUUAUAAUUUCUAUUAUAUACAGGUCAUUUCAUAAGUUGCUAAUGGACCGUACCUUUUUCUCCUCAUCUCUCUCUCUCUCUCUCUCUCUCUCUCUCUCCUUAUUCUUAUUAUUUUAUACAUUAUUUAUUUUAAUAUCUUUUCAUUUUGUUUAGAAACAAACAGAUUCGCAUACUAAUAUAUGAAAUACAUUUAGAAUGUAAAUGCUCUUGUACCUCUAUGAUAGCCGAAAUAUUCGACUGAAAUUAUAUUGCUAAUACUAUUAUGUAUAAUCUUAAGCAGUGAUCCACUACUUAUGGAACGACCUGUAUGUAGAGCAAUAAUAUGUGUACUAUAAUAUAUAAUAUUUAUAUAUAGUACACAAUAUAAUAAAUAUAUUUUGUAAAACACGCAUACAGUCAUUCAUUCCCUUAUAUAUAUAUAUAUAUAUAUAUAUAUAUAUAUAUAUGAUUCAUUUAUUUUAAUACCUUAAUAUUAUACAAAAAUAAAAAAUGAAAAAAAGUUGUCUAGUUCAAAGAAGAAAUUUUUAUCAUCGCAAUAAAGCUUUUAAGACCACAGUUUAUAAAACUUUAGUUGUUUUUCAAGUUGUGCUUGUUAUGCAUCGAAAGUAAUAAAAUGAUAAAAAAUAUAAAUUAAGUUAACUCAUAACGAUUAUUUUAUCGUUGAAAAGUAUUCCCUAUAAUAUGUUUUUAAUUCAUUAAAAAGACAUAAGCAUUGGAAAACUGCGAUCUUAAAAAAUUGUUACGCUGAACUAAACAACCUUUUUUUUUUAUAGUUCUCUUUGUCAUUAAAAAUGACGGAAAUGUUUUGCAUGAUCAAAAUAAAUGAGCCACCCUAUAUAUACAUCGAUCCAGUUAAAAUCAUAUACAUUUCUUUAUAGUUGCACGCAUACGGUAUAUCAGCCAUAUGCGUGCACGCACGCACGCACGCACACGCGCGCGCACACAAAAAGUUAAAGUAAACGUAUAUACAUGCUAUACACAUGACAAUUACGUAGGCUGUCACAAUCUCGUUAAUUCGAAAGUCACAACAAUAUCACGAAAUUCCGAAACAAUUUAUGUAAUCGUUAAAACUUAACAGGAGGUACUUUAUGCCUAACAUUCAUUUAUGUUUUCAAAAUUGUAUCUUAAAUAAUUCAAAUAAUGUUAAUAGCACCAAAAAUUUAUGUUGCUUCAAAUAGUAAUUAUAAUAUUUAUAAAUGUUAUGAGAUUCUGUGUAUCAAAAUGUGAUAUACACACAUGUAUGUUUUAUGAAAUUAUUAGUUUUAAAACAGAAAAGUGUAUGACAUUAUUUUACGUCUUUGGUAUACUUGAAAAAGCUUUCAAUGCGUAAAAUCGAAUUAACGAGAACAACGUAAAUAAUUCUAUGCUAUGUCUUAACAUACCUAAAAGACGCUACUCGUUCUUAUUCUGUUUAUUGUAAACAAAAUAUAAUCGUUUGAUGCCUACUCAUCAGUAGUGCGCACUACUAUAAAUAAAAUAGUAAACAAAAACUUAUGUAUAAUUGGAAAGAUGUUUCUUUUUAUUUACAAGUUAUAAUCGCUAUGUUCACCGUAUUUUAACGUCGAGCAUUUCAAUUUACGAAAUGCUGACCAUCUCUUAUGGACGGUUGAAUUGAGUACCCCAUUACUUGUCAUGUAUGAUAAAAUAGAAUGAUGCAAUCAAAGUACAUGCAUAAUAAAUUAGUGCAUUUUACUGAAAAGAUUUUCGACGAUUGUAAUUAAAUGCCAGGGCAAAAUUUAGAAAGAAAUUAAAAAUGUGAUAGAAAAAAAAUAGAAAAGAAGAAGACGGAACAAAGAUAUAUCUUUAGUAAUUGAUGUUAAAACUGAAAAGAAAUUUAUUAAAGAAGUUUAUUUCAUUUUAAUAUUUUCAAACGGACGUCGUACCCACUUUUCUCUUGCACUAUCCAUAAAAAAAAAAAAAAAAAAAAAAUAUUACAUAAAUAAUUUGUAAUUUUACUGAAUCUUUGAUAUUAAUCAUGGAACAUAUUUGUUGACAUCAAUUAGUUUUACAGCCAAGAUUAAAGAAAAGGGCUGCAAAGAGUUUCAAGUAAAUUGCAUUAUUUGUAUAUAAUAUUAAUUUUGGAAUAGUUUAUCACGGAGUAUGUAUAUCUUCAACGCAUUUCACCUUCUGCAUGUUUAAUUAAAUUUACAUUUUAUCCAGUUAAUUGCAAGAAAAUACACUUAAUCUGAUUAUUUAUGUCCGUUGUAGUCUGCACAAUUCCAAAUAAGAUUUUAUAAGUAUAUUUAAUAAAUAUUAAUUAAAAUUGAAUAGAUGAAUAAUAUUUCUACAAAAUUGCGACAAUAUCAAAUUACAGUCGUACAAAUAAAAUGAUUCUUAUAGAUUUGAACAAACUAUAAGAUCAAUAUCUUUUGAUCAAGCUUUAAUAAACACGAAUGAGUAAGUAAGAAAUAAAAAGCAUUGUAUUAUAGGUACUCCUGUCAAGUAUAGUCAUCUUUCCUGAAUUUUGUUUUAAAAAAAAGGUAAUAAAAAUAUCUUUGGUGCUCCUAUUUCAUGUAAUAAAAAAAGAUAUGAUUUUAGAAAAAA